GGCCGCCAAAGCAAAUUGAAUCGUAGCAAGGCGUUUGCAGCUUGAACUAAAUAUUGGAUUUACAAACAAAAAAAAGCGCUACUUAAUACGAAAAAUGUCCGAUUGCGAUGAUAAUGCGCGUGGUUAUGAUGUGACAAUGGAGUUGCCUCAAUCAGAAGACUCACAACCGUCUGAACAGUCUAAUGACAAUAUUAAAGACGCCGAAGAAGAAGACGCAACAACCGAUGUUGAAGCUAUAAAUCUAAUAAGACAAUUUGGCGAGCUAAAACUUAAAAUACUGGACGAGGAAAAUGAGCGGGAAAUAUGCGCUAUAGCCGAAGAUCAAAAGAAUUCCGAGGAGAUGUUAUUGGAGAAAAUGCAAUUAUUGUGUGAAAUGACGAUGCCGCUAAAUGGGAAAAUCUGCGACACCGUUGGGCAAAUCGAUAAGGCUCACACCGAAAUAUUGGACAAAUUUCAAAAGUUGUACAAUUCGGACGAAGAGUGUAAAAGUGCGUAUGCCGCCCACUGUGCCGAGGCUAUACAAGCAAAAAAGGCGAUCGCAGAGACGGCUGAAUAUGAUGAAUUCACUGAAAUGCCAUUCGAGACUUUGGAAGAGUGCAUUGGAAAUAUGGAAAGCGACAUGAAAGACUAUAAAGCAACUGUUGCAGAAUUGCGCGCCAAGCGAAUGAUUAAUCGAAAGGAAAGCGAAGAGAAGUACAAUGCGAUAAUGAAGCAAGUGCAUAUUUUGGAGAGUAUACAUUUGGAAGGACUUGAGAUACUUGAUAUGAAAAAAUUUGAAUUAGAACAGCGUCCUCGUAUCCAGAAGCAGCAGACCAAAUCGGAUUAAUUUAUAUUACCUCCUCUUUUUCACAUACAAUUUCAAUAUUAUCAAUAAUCUUAUGUUUUAAUGUAACUUGAACAUUUCAAUUACUUU